AUGGCACUCAAAUCGCGGUUUCACCGGCUGGAUGCCUUCACAAAGACCGUGGAAGAUGCACGGGUGCGGACGACCUCCGGCGGCAUCGUCACGAUUGCCUCGAUCCUUAUUAUCCUUUACUUGGUAUGGGGAGAAUGGUGCGACUACCGAAGGAUCGUGGUUAUGCCCGAGUUGAUUGUGGAUAAGGGACGAGGCGAGAAGAUGGAAAUUCACCUCAACAUCUCUUUUCCCCGUAUCCCGUGCGAACUGCUCACUCUCGACGUCAUGGACGUCUCGGGCGAGCAGCAGACGGGCGUCGUGCACGGGGUCAACAAAGUGCGGCUUUCCUCCGUCGCCGAGGGUUCCAAGAUCAUCGACACGACCGCCCUGAUCCUCCACAGUCAGCAAGACAACGCCGCGCACCUGGAUCCUGAAUACUGCGGCUCCUGCUACUCCGCCCCUGCUCCAGCCAAUGCAUCUAAACCUGGCUGCUGUAAUACGUGUGACGAAGUGCGCGAGGCCUAUGCGACGAACAGUUGGGCCUUCGGAAGAGGCGAAGGCGUGGAACAAUGCGAGCGGGAAGGCUACGGCGAAAGACUUGACGCACAGCGCCAGGAGGGAUGUCGCAUUGAGGGCGUCAUUCGCGUGAACAAAGUCGUGGGGAAUUUCCACAUUGCGCCCGGGCGCAGCUUCUCGAACGGAAACAUGCACGUGCACGACUUGAACAAUUACUUCGACACGCCCGUCGAGGGCGGACAUACAUUUACACAUGAGAUCCACUCGCUGCGGUUUGGCCCGCAGUUGAGCGAGAACGACAUGGGAGUGACGGCGAAAUGGAGUGAUCAUCACCAUUCGAAUCCGUUGGACGGCGUGAAGCAGGAGACGGAGGAACCCGGGUUCAACUUCAUGUAUUUCAUCAAGGUGGUGAGCACGAGUUAUCUCCCGCUUGGCUGGGACGAGGAUCGGAGUGCGAAACAGCACUCGUCUCUUGCGGAUUUGAUCCCGCUGGGCAUGCAGGGCAAGGGUGCCGGGAGCCAGGGGUCGAUCGAGACGCAUCAGUACUCUGUUACCUCGCACAAGAGAUCUCUGAGUGGUGGCAAUGAUGCAGCCGAGGGACACAAGGAAAGACUGCACGCGCAUGGAGGGAUUCCGGGCGUCUUCUUCAGCUACGACAUUUCUCCGAUGAAGGUGAUAAACCGGGAGGCGAGGCCGAAGACCUUUGCCAACUUUUUAACCGGUGUUUGCGCGGUGGUGGGAGGGACGCUGACCGUGGCGGCAGCGAUUGAUAGGGGUUUGUACGAGGGCAGUACGAGGUUAAAGAAAGUUCAUCAGGGUUGA